GUGAGUUCAAAUGAGUUUUAUAGAAACUGGUGCUAGGAUGGUCUGAUUUCCAAAUCUCAAGUGGGUGCAUCAACGAUUUGUUCCAUAUGCUCAGCGCAACAAGUCCAACAACCUGUGCAUUUAUGUGUAAGGAAAACGAAGACUGUCUCUCCGCACAUUUCUCAGAUGACUCAAGUAUAUGCAGAUUAUACAACAGAUAUCUUGAUACAGUGGUAAACUCUACAAAUACUUACAACGAGACAGGUUCUGUGUAUAUUGAGAUACCAAUGUCAGAUCGAAACUUAACGUGUGGAAGGAUCAUGCGUGAAGCGAAAAUCACAAUCAACCUCUCCACGAAUGACACGAUUCCAGACGGAUGGCGUCUUUGCUACAUAGAUGGCCGUGAUACCAACUAUUACUUUUCCGACUGCCGCGAUUUAUUCGAUGGUUUUCCAGGGAUCGGAGGAAAUGGAGGAGCAAAUGAGCUUCUGGAUGCGGGUGGAAAUUUUGGCUGUUGGCGGGGAGUUACACCAGAGUGGGGAAUGGAGCCAGCACAUGGCCAUUGGCAGGACGCAAUACCAGACUGCUGCAGUGCAGGGAGUCAACACUACAAUUCGAUGGUACCUUCAUUUACGUGCAAUCCAUGGCAAUGCAAUUAUUAUGCUGUGUGUGUGAGGUUACCUUAGGUGAAAAAACAAUACAAAUUGACUGAAAAAUAUCUUUGGGAAAAAAGCAAUACAAUUUGACUGAAAAAUACCUUUGGUGAAAAAGCAAUACAAUCAAUAUGACUGAAAAUACCCUCAAAUCCUGGGUCAAAAAGCAAUACAAUUUGACUGAAGAUGCCCUGGGUGAAAACAAUACAAAUUCACUGAAAAAUACCCUGGGUGA